GCCCACUCUCUUCCAUUUCAGCUACCAGUGUGCUGGCGCAGUCGCAGCAGAAACGUUCAUCGCGCAUCACCAGCUCGCGCAGCUUCGGCACCAAUGUCAAAGCGUCCGCCUCGAAUGGUGUUAAUUUCGAUUGCCCCGAAGAGUUUGGCUACUAUCCACAUCCAACCGAUUGCACACAGUACUAUGUGUGUGUGUUUGGUGGCGCAUUGCUCGAGAGCUGCACCGGCGGUUUGAUGUACUCGCAUGAGCUACAAACCUGUGAUUGGCCACGAAAUGUGGGUUGCGAAGUUGUGGACAGCAGCGCAGCAGCCAUAGGCAGCACUGGCAGCGGUAGCACACGCUCGGGUAAGCAACACUCACAGCAGCAACAACAGCAGCAGCAGCAGUCAAUUAACAGUCAGCAUGUGCCAAGUCGCAUACGGUUCGGUUCGGCCUUCAGCAGUGCGGCGGGGACUACACCGGCACCCAAGGCGACAGUGCCACCACAGUAUCAUCGUCAGCCGCCGCAGGUCAUACAGGCGCAGGUGCAGUCGUUGCCACAGCAUGCGGGUACGGUGAUUGGAACGCGUGGACAGCCUAAGCCAUUCGAUACACAGGAGGAUAUUGCUAAGCUUUACGCCGACGCGCAUGAUUCACUGCCUCCCGUCGAAGAGGAGGAGAGCGACCGUCAGCAGCGCGUCUAUCGUGGCCAACCGAGCACCGUCAGCCAGGUGCAGCGCGAUCGUGACGGCAUCAUACAUCAGGCCAGCAUCAAUGCCAUACCGAAUCAUGGUAAAAUCGGUUCCUACACCUUUGGCUCUCAAUUUAGACCCGAAUCAUCAUCGCCAUCAUCACCACAAUCGCAACCGCCGGCCAGUCAUUAUGUACAGCAACAACGUCAGCCGACUGGCGUGAUUGUGGAGGCGAUACCAUCCAUACAAAAUCAAAAUCUCAAUCACAAUCAGAAUCAGAAUUUGCAAAAUCGUAAUUAUUAUAACACAUCGGCAUUAUUAAAUCAUGCGGGCUAUGAGUCACAAGCAAACAUACACCACCAACAUCAAUUGCAUCAACAGCAACAGGCUGAACAGCAACAGCAAAUUGCGUUGCAACAUCAACAGCAACAGCAGCAACAACAACAGCAGCAACAGCAACAAGCACCGCAACAAUCCAACCAGGAGCAAAGCUCCUAUGAACAAUAUUAUUCAGUUUAUGAUGAUGAUCUUGAUUUGUAUAGGGAUAUAGAAUAUCAGCAACAGCAGGAGCAACAGCAGCAGCAGCAACAGCAACAACAACAGCAGCCACAGCAACAAUAUCAGCCACAGCAGCCUUUGCGCCAACAACCCGUCCAACAAUCGACCUAUCGGCCAUUGGAGAUUCUGACAACACCAGCGCCUCAGGCACCCUUACGAGAGACUUAUAAGCAACAAGAGAAGCCUGCGUACAACGAUCAACAAUCAUUGAUUUAUAAUACAGACUACGACGAGGAUCUGAUUGCACAGAUCGAACAAGAUAAUGUGUAUGAUCAGCCAACACGUCCGCCAUUGCGUGAGCGCGUCACCAUUGAAACACUGCCACCAUCAACAACGCCCCGCCCACUGCGACAGCCAGCAAUUGAUGACGCGCCCAUAUAUGAGUCCGCCUACGACAAUAGCGCCGAACUAUAUGAUGAUGUGCCAUCGUAUGGUCUAAAUAACGAUCGUGCCCUAUACGAACAGCCCGCACGUUACACGACCUACGCACCCAAGCUGGUACCCACACAAGAUUUUGACGAAUAUAAUGUGGUCGGUUCGACACUUUACGAUCAGGAUGUUAAAAAAAUAUUCAAUCCCACUGCAACAAACUUUGUUGAACUACCAACGAGUAGAGGAGUCGCAAAACCGGCACGUGGUGGCAACACCAAAGCCACUACAAUCGCACAACGUCGAAACCCCACAACAACGACGACCACAACGACGACGACGACGACUUCUGCGCCAAGGACAGUGGCGCGUACCACGGUGACACCACCUAGAAGCACCACACAAGUAGUGCGCACCACGCAGCCGGCUACAGCAACAAAAUCGAUAAGAUCUAAAACGCAUGCAAACAAAUACCAAAAGAACCAACGUUCACAAUUAAAUCCACAACAAAAUUCCGCAAUCAACCUGCCAAAUAUAUCUUCCCCUCCUCCGCCAAUACCAAGAACAACAACAAUACCACCACCUUUAACCCGAACAACUACACAUUCAACCCAAUCGUUUCCUAGUCCACAAUACCUUGAUACACAAGACACACUUGUCGCGGUUGUCGUCAAGCCACAUAGUCACUCCCUACACGGCUCGAACACACAACAAACAAAACAUCCCUCAAAUACACAGAAUCCACCACAAACUCAGUCAUCGCGGUUUAAUUUCCAAACGGAAGCAGACAUUGAGACCAUCUCGGACGCCAGCCAGAAUGUGCGAGUGCAAACGGUGGCGCCCUUAAGGAGCGCUGGACGUCUCUUCGACUCUAGCACGACAACGUCUUCGGCGCUUAAUGGUCGAGCGAAAUUUCUGGCCGCAAUUGACAAAGUGGAAGAUUACGACGAGAGUGCGCGUAGCAACUCGGUGCGCGCGAUCACCGAAAAAGCCAUCGCGCAUGCAAAGUAUUCAGCUAAUGAGAAUUCUUAUGGGAGCGGUAAGCAUGUGGAAGAGUAUUUUGGUAAAAUAUCGGAGGACAAGCCACGACAGCACCAGCGUUUUGAUGCAGAUAAUAAGAAGAGCCGAUUCCAGAGUUAUGUUGUAUCCGAUGUUGCACCGCAGAGUUUCAAACCUGUGCCGACCGCUAAAUUGGUGGUAUCACCACCUGCUGAGCCCGAGCCUGUUUUAGAGCUGUUAAGUGGCGAUAAUUCUGCAUCCAGCACAACGCUACGUUAUCCCACCAACAUCGUUUACGAGCCGAAGCCGUUCAAGUAUAAUCUGCAAACCGGUGCAAAUGGGUUCAGCUUGCGCGCGCAAAGCGCCAAUGAAUCCGAAAAGCCGAUUUAUGAGCGCAAACCAAAUGUGGCUGUGCAGACACUUUCGACAACAAACCGUGCAGUCUUGACUCCAUCUACAAGCACCGCUGCUGUCAGUCUGGCAGUACAGAAAGUACCGUUUUCCGAUGCUUCAUACGAGGAUGAAAUUGUGCCAACAACAUAUGCGCCUCCACUACGUAGCGCGUGGCGUUUGGGUCGUACCAGUGCUCGGCCUUUACAACAUAUUGUUUUGGAAACCGUUGUAGAGGACGAUCAUGUCUCGAGUUCGGGCAGCGAGCAAAGCGUAGUGACGACAUUAAAGGAAACCAGCACUGCGCGCCCAACGACGAGCAGCACCACUACCUCAACGACUACAACGCCACGUACGACCACUACUACUACCACUACGACUACAACUACAACCACAACUACGACUACAACUCCCGCACCCACAACGGCGUUUGUUGUCACCAGCACAGAACGCACGGCACAGAGUUACACACCACGCGCACUCAACUUCAAAGACAACCUCAUUAAGACUACUGGCAUUCCAGCGCAGCGCUUUGUCUCGCCCUACAAAAGUCUAGAAACUAUACUGCAAGAAAAAGAUGAUCGCUAUGUGGGUUUCAAUGCACUACGCAGUACUGUUAAGCCGCGUUACACGCACCCAACAACUCCUUCCACCGUUACACAUAGCACGAGUAAGCCUGUGCGUAGCUACUUCCUCAUCACGACGCCUCAGCGGAACCUGAGUGAUGCUAUUUUUGCUACAGCGUCGACAGGCACACGCAAUUUCAGUGUGAGCGAUACCAUACUCAACACCUUUUCGAACGUACCACUCAGAGCUGCAGUCUCAGCGCAAUCUACGACAAGUACAACAACGACGACCACCACUACUACCGAAGCGCCAACGACCGAGACUACAACCGAGAGCACAACACCGACUACGAUAUCCACAGUCAUCGUUACUGCACCCAUACGUGUGUCUCAAGCAGUUUCGAGCCAAAACAUAUUGAGAAAUCAAGCCUUAAGCGAUUAUGGUCCAAACAACUCAGAAACGCCACGUCCGCGCGGACGUUCGCGAUACUCAGCGGCAACAGUGAAUUCGGCCGACGAACCAACGACAUAUGCACCGAGAGUGCGUUACCCUGGUGCUAACGCAGCCAGUUAUGAAUCUGUUACGUCUUCGCCAAACGAAGCCACGCCCAAAAGGAGAAAGCUUCAACGCGCACGCAUCGUAGCCAUACAGGGACCACGCAAUACACUGGGCGCCACGCCAAUCAAAUCUCGUGAGAAAUAUGAGAACUACAAGGCGGAGAAGCAACAAAAACAGGCUUCGGUGUCCGCGUAUGGACAAACGCCGCAGAAAACAGUGAAUCGCAAGCCGAUUGAAAACGAAUCGGCUGUGGAUGAUGGUCCACGCGCCGAAGCUUUGGUGCGGCUGCCUAUCGAUACAAAGCAGGAUAAUAGCAUUGAGUCAGCGGGCAGCGCUAGCUCAUCUUCAUCCACCGAACAACAGCAAGGCGAUGCGAACACUGAUCGUCCGCUGAAGUACUUGUUCUCGAACAAAUAUCGGCAACAAACAAAAGAUCGCACUUUGGCUGAGAGUCUGCAGAAUGCCGGUUAUAUAACAUCUAGCACUGGUCGCACGAAAUUCGAGUCGGCUGCGGUACUUGAACAACUGCAACUCUUUCUCGCAGGCGAUAGCGACGAAAGUAGUGCUCAACAAUUCGUGGAUGAUUUUUCAGAGCGUGAGAUCAAUGCUGCAGUGAAAGAGAUCAAAAAUCUGUACACCACGCCGCGAGCAAGAGCUACGACCACAACAUCUACGAGCACGACUACAACGACGACAACGACACGUAGACCACCGACCACAACUACAACGACUACACUGCGCCCGACUACCACUGCCAGCCCGCCUACUACAGUUUACCGCACAACAGGCGCUACACAUUCAACACCAACCACCGCCACUGCCACAACCACCACCACCACAAACCGUUCCUCCACACAAAGCACACACACACAAACGAGACUCCCAACUCCUACACAAAGAUCCUCCGCCGCCGAUGUCACCUCCUUCCCUGCCAACACGCCCUCCUCCCACUCAUCUGCCAGCAGCACACCAGCGAGCACUGCCAAGUCCUUGUUAACGCCCAUGCGUGCUUCAAGAGUCAAUAAUGCCAUCAAGUCGUCGAUUGCCGCUGCCGCUUACUCCGCUUCUUCGCCCUCCGCUUCCACCUCCGUGUCCGCCUCAACGAACUCUGCUUCUCAGGCGUCUUCUGCUGUGGGCUCCGCCAAGACGGCCAGAGGUAACAGUCUUAAGGCCAGUGCUUACGUCACGAAUGCCGGUGCAGCGGUCAAGUGUUCCGACACUACAUCGAAUGCCAAGUGCAACGAAAUUCCCUCGAGAACAAAUUCGAAUAACAAUCGUAAUCGUGGUAGCUCCACCUACACCGGCCAGGAUCGUGAUGCACCCACAGCAGUGACCAGCAAUCGUGGCACACAUCCACCUCGCACACGCCCCACAUUGAAGCCCUCGGGCACGAUCGUAUCGAAGGCACAGGAGUUCGUUGAUAUUUACAGAUACCCACCAACACGACCCGAACCGCUUUACCCGCAACCAGUACCAGACAAGACAGCAGCCAAAUGCCGCAAGGAUGUUUGUCUACUGCCCGAUUGCGCCUGCGGUGGCAAGGACAUACCCGGCGGUUUGAAUGUCAAUGAGGUGCCACAAAUGUUGUUGAUUACUUUCGAUGACGCGAUCAGCACUUUAAACAUCGAUCUUUACGAGGAGCUCUUCAACAACCAGUCGCGCUUCAAUCCCAAUGGUUGUCCGUUGCGCGGCACCUUCUAUGUCUCGCACGAGUGGACCGAUUAUGGCAUGGUGCAGGAUCUCUAUGCGGAUGGACACGAGAUGGCUUCGCACACAGUCUCUCACAGCUUCGGCGAACAAUUCUCGCAGAAGAAAUGGACGCGUGAGAUUGCCGGCCAACGCGAAAUUCUCGCCGCUUACGGUGGUGUGAAACUCUCCGAUGUGCGUGGCAUGCGCGCUCCAUUCCUCUCAGUCGGUGGCAAUAAAAUGUACAAAAUGCUUUACGAUUCCAACUUCACCUACGAUUCGUCACUGCCGGUCUACGAAAAUCGCCCACCAUCAUGGCCCUACACUUUCGACUACAAAAUCUUCCACGACUGCAUGAUACCACCCUGUCCGACGCGCAGCUAUCCUGGUGUAUGGCAAGUGCCUAUGGUUAUGUGGCAAGACUUGAAUGGUGGCCGCUGUUCGAUGGGUGACGCCUGUUCGAACCCAAGCGAGUCGGAUGGUGUGUACAAGAUGAUCAUGAAGAACUUCGAAAGACACUACACGACAAACAGAGCUCCAUUUGGACUUUUCUAUCACGCCGCCUGGUUCACACAGCCUCAUCACAAGGAAGGUUUCAUUAAAUUUUUGGACGCCAUCAAUCAAAUGCCCGAUGUUUGGAUUGUAACCAAUUGGCAAAUGUUACAAUGGGUUCGUGAUCCCACACCCAUUUCGCGCAUCAAUUCCUUCCAGCCAUUCCAGUGUGACUACUCGGACCGUCCGAAGCGUUGCAACAAUCCCAAAGUUUGUAAUCUCUGGCACAAAUCUGGCGUACGGUACAUGAAAACAUGUCAACCCUGCCCCGACAUCUAUCCAUGGACCGGCAAAUCUGGUAUUCGCUCAUCGCGCAUCGACAACGAAAUUGAAGAUUCGACAGCGUAAAUUACAAAGUGUGUAUGUGGACAAUAGAUAAGUGGUAUAAGUGUAUGUGUGCCUGUGGAAGGAGAAGUGUUAGCGAAGAGAGCAAAGCAGAGCGGAGCAAACUUAGCUGCCAUUGAUGCACAAUUUGUAAAUACGCACAAGUAUCAAUGGGAGAAAAAGCGAAUUACACACAUACAUACAUCUAUAGAUGCACAAAAUAUGCAAUUCACUCGUUAGCAAAGACAAGAUUAUCGAAAAACUAUCGAAAAACUAUUUAAAAAAUUAUGAAAAAAGAAAACACAAAAUUUGUUGAAAGAAUGGCUGUAAGCUGUUAAAAACUGAGAAUCAAACACUUUUUGACUAUUUAAAUUUAUUUUGGUAUUUAUAAAAAAAAAUAUUUAUUUUAUUUUAAUUUUUGACGAAAUUUUAGUAUUACAUUUUUUGUUAGUUUUAAAAGUAACAAAAUGAAAGCAAACUGGCCACGCAUGCGCGCAAUACUAGUUGUAGAUUUUUUUCAUUGUAGGCUAAGCAAUUCUUCGCAGCUUUCUACGAAAUAAAUUACUAGAAAAUGUGAACACGAAGAUGCCGAAGGCUUUAAAAUAAAAAGUUUCAAAUGAAAAAAUAAAUUUUAAGAUUUUUUUUUUGUAGGUUGUAAGCUCAGUAUGUACGCAGUAAUUUAGGCUAUUAUUAUGAUAUGUGAUAAAUGUUUGCUAUAAUUUUUGACGCCUGCGUGCGUGACAGCGUUGAGUUUUGAAGCGAGUGUAGGUACAAAGAUGCGAGAAUUCGAUUUGCUGACAAAAUACUUACAUUUUUUUUUUAAUUUUUGUUAAUUUCUGCACAAGAAGCAGAGACAGAAGCUAAGCUGACUUUAGAAUUUAUGGUUCAUAGAAAAUUUUCCAGUCCAUCAAGAACCCCUUUUGCGAGUCAAACUAAAUUUGUAAAUGGAUACUUUUUUCGACAUUUCCAACCUAACUUAACUUUAUUGCAUACUUAUAGGGUGCGAUAUAAGAGACCAAUAGUGAGAUGAAUCAAGAGCGAAUGUUUUUAAGCAAGUUUCGCUGUGGUGAAUUUCUGCAUUUGAUAUUUUAAAGCAUUUUGGGAUUGAUUCAAAUCUAAAUAACAAAAAAAAAUUUCAAUUCAACACUUUCUGCGCUUUUUGUACCCUGAGUUUUCUAGUUUUCAAAACUAAGUGUGGAUAGCAAAUGCCCACAGAGUGUAUAAUAAUCAGGGUUGGGCAUAGGGCACUACAUAAUCAAUGCAAUAAGCGGAUAGUUAAAACACUGCAGAUUUACUGCUACUCAAACCCUUAUUUUAACUACCACUAAAAACUAAAAAAUUAGUGGUAGUCCAAUUUAGUGGCAGUGCUAAAUGCUCAACCCUGAUAAUAAUACAUUAAUUUUUUAUUAUUUUUCUAUUCGCUAGCAUUUUUUAUUAAAAAAUAUUAUAUUUUUUGUACAUAAAUAUUUAAAUGCGAGUACAUUUAUUUCCAUUGUUCAUAUAAGCAAAUUUGAGAUUUUAAAUGAAUUCCGCAGUUAUUAUUAAAUCACGCAAAUUUUUAAUCAAAUUCAAGAAAAAUUUCAUAUGCACGUAAGACUAUAGAUUUUAUAUAGUAAAGCUGCAUACUCAAUUUUUUCUCUUUCCCCUUAAGUUAAUUUUUAAAGGAUUUUAAAGUUUUGAAAGAGAAACGGACACACAGGGGUAGCCACUGCGCAUACUUUAAUUCAUAAGAGGAAAGUUAAAGGCUUUCCCUUUAAAUUUUUUUUUGGACAUGUGACAAAAGUAAAUUUUUGUUUGUUAUGGAGAAAGAAUUCCAUAUGCACGUGAAACUAUAGAUUUUAUAUAGUAAAGCUGCAUACCCAGUUUUUUUUUAUUUUCUCAACAACUUAACGUUUUGAAGGGCUUUAAAGUUUCGAAGGAAAAACGCUAACAGUGGUAGCCACUGCGUAUACUUAACUUCAAAGGAAGAAAGUUAACACUUUUUCCCUUUCUUCAACAGCAAAACGAACGAAGUUGAGGCGCACAUGUAUUACUACAUAUAUGUACCAUUAAUACGUAUUUUCUUCAAAAUAAUUAAUUUGAAAAUUUCAAUUUUCAUGUUCUUAUCAGUUUAAUUGAGUGAUUCGCGAAUUAAGUGAGUUUUCGCAGAGGAAACGCAAAACGCGGGGUAUCCACUGCGUAUACUUUACUUCAAAGGAGAAAAAUUAAAGUUUUUGCGUUUUAAGUUUUUUUUUUAAAGCAAGAAGAACGAAUUGUAGGCACACAUUUAAAAAUAUAUUUUUUGUUAUAUAUAUUUUUUAAUUUUAUACAUAAAAAAUUUUUUUUUUUCAAAAUAAUGAAUUUGUAAUUUUCAAGCAUUUUUAAGCAUACAUUUUUCAAACGACUUUAUUGUCAUACAUUUGCCCUGGCACAGAGUAAUUGAAAAUUGUUCUCAAUAGCUGGAUAUAACCUCUUUCGUUUGAUAUCCAUAUUAAAAUCAUAGAGCGAGUAAAAGUAUUUAAAACAAUUCUUUGAAAAUUAAAAAUUUUGUCCAUUGGGUCUUGCAAGUCAUUUAAAAAUUAAAAUGCUGCGAAAACGAAAAAACUAAGUACGCAGCAUUACUAUGUAAAAUCUAAAGCUUCAGCUUCAUGUGCAAAUGAAAUUUUUCUGAAUAACUUUUACUGUCGCAGGGAGUAUACGAAAAAAUAUCAUAGAAAUUUUAGUAAUCGAUUUCAGUUAAAAUUUUAGUACAUUCUUAUUUUUUGUUUGUUUUUGGUUUCUUUUUUUUGUAGCUCAGCAAGUAAUCCUAUAACACUUCACCAUGAACAGAUAUCCACUGUAUCAUAACCAUCUGUUUAAGCUUACUUAACUAAGAUUCACUACAUUUUUCUUAUUUUUUCGCAAUUUUUCAUAAUAUUUUUGCAUAUACUUACAUACGUAUGUUGAUUCACUGCCCAGCAACCAUAAAUAGCGAAAAAUAUUUUUUUUUUUUAGUUAAAAGCAAAUAAAUAUUUUGUAAGCAGAUUAAAAAAAACAAAAACAAAAUAUAGCAGUUAAGGAGUAUAGCAAUUAGAAAUUAAUAGUUUAUAUAUACAUACAUACAUAUAUUUUUUUUUCAAAAUACUUACGCUACACUGACACGCAUACAUAUAAACAUAGAAAUGAAAAAUAUUGUAUGUUAGGAUUUGGUGUGAUUACAGGCAAAUGGUCAGCAAGGUCAAACGUGUGAAAUUUUUUUAAAAUUUAACAAAAAGCAGAAGGCAAAUAAAUGUAUACAUACACACACAUAUAUACAUAUAUGUAUAUAAUUUUUUUUUUUUUGGCAUUUUAGCACUUUUCUGGGAGAAAUAUGCGUCUUCAUUUCUGUUAAAAUUUGUAUUUUUAUAAAAUUAUUAAGAUAUUUUCGAAUUUUUUUUUAUUACUUAAGGACAAUUCACAUUGAACAGGUGGUAGCAGUAUAGCAGUGCUGAUUUUUUUCAUCUUUUUGGCCUCUAAAUUGUCAAUUUGUGUUUAAAUUAAAUUUGGUGAGAUUUCAGAUAAACGGUCAGCAAAGUUAAAUAUUUUUUCGUCUUUUUGUGUUUAAAUUAAAGAUUUCAAAAAAACGGUCAGGAAUGUUAAGUAUUUUCUAUUUUUUUUAUUACUUAAGACCAAGGCACAUUGAACAGUUGGAGCAGCUGAUUAGUGUUUUUUCGUCUUUUUGUGUUUAAAUUAAAAAUUUCAGGCAAACGAUCAGUAAUGUUAAAGAUUUUCAAUUUUUUUUUAUUACUUAAGACCGAGGCAUAUUGAACAGUUGAGCAGCUGAUUAAUUUGUUUCGCCUUUUUGUGUUCAUAUUAAAGAUUUCAGGCAAAUGGUCAGCAAUGUUAAAUAUUUUCAACUUUUUUUUAUUACUUAAGACCAAGGCACAUUGAACAGUUGGAGCAGCUGGUUUGUGUUUUUUCAUAUAUUAUUUUUGUGUUUAAAUUAAAUUUGAUAAAAUUUCAGGCAAAUGGUCAGCAAUUUUAAAUGUUUUCGAUUUUUUUUAUUACUUAAGACCAAGGCACAUUGAACAGUUGGAGCAGCUGAUUUGUAUUUUUUUCAUCUUUUUGGUCUCUAUUUGUCGAAUUAUGUGUAAAUUAAUUUAAACUUUUAAUCUUUGUUUAUAGUUUUUGACAUUUUAGUGGCAAAAAAUAAAAACAAAAUAUAUUGCUUUUAUUGUUUUUGCUCUACUUUCACUACCGGUUCCAUGUGAAUUGCUUACGGCGAAUUAUUUUUUACUGUGAAAUUUUUUUAUAUAAUAUUUAUUUUUAACGAUUUUUAUUCAUUUCUAAAGGCGAAUUAUUUUUUACUCUCACUUUUUUAUUUUUUAAUGAUUUUUAAUAAUUUUUUAGCAGCAUUGUACGCUUUUCUUUAAUGACAAAACUCUCCAAUGAAAAAAAUACAAAUUCCAAAAAAAUCAUACUAUAAAAUUUCACUCAAAUUGCAAACUUUUGAAAAAUUUAUAACUUGACAAUAUUGCCAUAUGCAGCUGCGUGAAUCCACCACCUAACGAAACUAAGGAAUUUAAGCUAAUUCAAUUAAAAUAAGUAAUAAAUAUUAAUAAUAAUACAAUGAAAAAAAAACAACAAAAUAAAUAUUGAUAAGUGCGAGUAUUAACUGUAUAAAAUGUCCCAUGCCAAGCUCUAUUACUUUCUUUCUUCCUAUGACGUCGUUGUUGUUGCCAAGCUAUUGAUAUCGCAAAAUCGCAUGCAAUAAAAAAGAAAAUGGAUUUCUAGCGUAAAUAAAAUAAAAUAUUUAAAAAUUUAAUAUUAACAAAUAUUAAAAGAAUUUUUAAAUAUUAAAAAAAAUCGAAUACACUGCAAAUUGUUUAAGAAAAAUAAAUCGCAUGCCAAGCGCGCACUAAAUAAUUUAAAAUAACGAUUUAAACUAUUAUACGUAGCAUAGUUUAUAUUAUUUUUCUUGUAUUUGUAAUUAUUAAAGCAUAUUUUAAUUACUUUUUAAACAAAAUCGUAAUUUGCAACAAAACUACAUCCAGCUGACAUCGAAAGUAUUAAAUAUUUUAUGUUAUGGAAAUUGUGAAAUUCAGCAUUAAAUAUGCAAACACGUAUUAAUUCGAAAGUAGAAAAUUAUACAUACCUACAAAUAUAUUUGUUUGUAGAACAUAUUUAAAUCUUUUAACAUUAAGCAUUUCAAGCGACCAAUUCAAAUUUUAUACAACGAGUGAAUCAAAUAUUUUGUGCUAAUGACAUGUCAAACGAAUCGAAAUCAAUGAAUAUUACAAAUAAAGAA